AUGGCGGAGGAAGGCAAGUCCGUGGCGAAGAUCAUCGACGGCAAGGCCAUCGCGAAGCAGAUCCAUGGCGAGGUGGCUGAGGGGGUAGCCAAACUAAAAGAGGCCACUGGGAAGGUCCCAGGGUUAGCUGUGAUUAUAGUGGGGGAGCGCAAGGACUCGCAGACGUACGUGCGGAUGAAGGUGAAGGCGUGCCAGGAGGUGGGGAUCGCGUCGUUCGAGGGGAAGCUUCCUGGCGAUGCCAGCCAGGAUGACGUCAUUGCUGCAGUCAGAGAGUUCAACGCCAAUCCUGACGUGCAUGGCAUUCUGGUUCAACUCCCCCUGCCAGCGCACAUCAGCGAGGAGGCGGUUCUCGCUGAGGUGGCACUGCCCAAGGAUGUGGACGGCUUCCAUCCAAUCAACAUCGGCCAGCUGGCGAUGAAGGGGCGGCACCCGCAGUUCGCCCCGUGCACUCCCGAGGGCUGCAUGGUUCUAUUGGAGCGCAGUGGCGUGCAGAUCAGCGGGCAGCGGGCGGUGGUGAUUGGCCGCAGCAACAUUGUGGGCAUGCCUGCUGCGAUGCUAUUGGUGGAGAGGGACGCCACGGUUACCAUCGUGCACUCGCGGACAAAGGAGCCCAAGGAGAUUGUGAAGCAGGCGGACAUCGUUAUUGCUGCCAUUGGGAAGGCCCAGAUGGUGAAGGGUGACUGGCUAAAGGGGGGGUGUGCAGUGAUCGACGUGGGGAUCAAUGCAGUGGAUGAUGCGAGCAAGAAGGCGGGGUACCGGCUGGUGGGGGAUGUGGACUAUGAGGGGGCCAGGGAGGUGGCUGGGUGGAUCACACCCGUGCCGGGAGGAGUGGGGCCCAUGACCAUCGCUGUGCUGCUGCAGCACACUCUUACAGCCGCACAGAGGGCUUUUGGGGCUAGUUCAUAG